AUCCGAGGUUGUGUGAAUUGGAUUCACAGUUCAGGGCAUCGUCAGCAAAUCUUUGAGGACUAUGUUACCAGAUUUGGUGGUGAGCUUGUUUCAAGCCAGAGACCAACUCUUAAUAUGGUCACUCGUUGGAAUUCGACGUAUAAAAUGUUGGAAUCCACUAUCUUGUAUCAAAGUAUAUUUGAUCGUCUUGUGGGCCGUGAUAAUAGUUUUGAGCCAAUCGCACCUUUUGAAGAAGAUUGGAAAAAAGCAGAAAACCUUUGUAAAUUUUUAAAACCAUUUUAUGAAACUAUCAACCUUUUAUCAGGAAGCGCUUAUUCAACUGCCAAUCUAUUCCUUCCUCCACUGAUAAACAUUAAAAUGCACCUUGAACGCAAUA